UGGAGGUUUGGUGGCUCUCCCCCGGUGGCCAGCCGAGGAGAGGCGCGGCGCCGGGCGAGAGUGGCCGACGCGUGGACGGCCGUCUCUGUUGCGGAGGGGCGCGUGCCCGAGUUGGGCCGCCCACGCAUCGCGCUGCUGCUGGCGGCCCGCCGCGCCCCGCGCUGGCCGAGCAGCGCCGCCGCUGCGCUGCAGCGCCUGCUGCACGCCAGAGGCCUGCGCGCGGCGGCGGGCGGCGGGCGCGUUGGCAGCGGCUGCGCUUGCCAAGCCAAACAAGCCGCGGCCGGCGGCGCUGCUGCCCGCGGGCGCGGCGGGGCGCGCGCCUUCUCCGCCAGCUGCAGCCUUCUCCUUGUGCGUGUGCGAUGAACUAUUUGGCUGUCCCGAAAUUACUCAGAUUUUGGAACGCUGCGUGAUGAUGGAACUUGGCAAGGGAUAAUGAAGGCUCUGAAACAACGAGAAGCUGACGUCGCAGUUUGUGAUAUGACCAUAACAGUCCGGCGACUAGUUGAUGCUGAUUUUACAGACACCAUCUGCGAUCAAAGGUUCGGUGCCUAUAUGGGUCUGCCCGCCCGCCGUUCCCUCAAGUGGACGGACUUCUUGACGCCGUUCAGCGCGGCCCUGUGGACAGCCGCUGUCGGCGCAGCCGGGUGCCUGGCGCUGUUCCUGGCCUUUGUGGUGCGGGUGGAGGGGCAGCGACGCGUCACACCCAGAGACGCCUGGCUCUUUGUAUCGGCUGCCUUCUGCCAGCAAGGUCAGCCCGCUCCCCGUGCGUGGUCUGGGCGCGUGCUGUGUGUGUGCGCACACUUGGUGGCGCUGGUGCUGGCCGCAGCACACUCUGGAGCUCUCAUCUCUGCGCUGUUCUCUGGCAAAAAGGACUUGCCCUUCAGAUCCGUUCUGGAAGCUCUGAACGAUUCCACCAUACGAUUUCUCGUACCGCUUCACACUGCGUACCUCAACAGUUCAUUGGGACGGGUGUCAAACUCGAUUGCCUUGUACGAGAAACUGCACAUUCGCGCGUUGGACGGUGAUUUGUCUCAGUUCGUGCUGGACGUCCUUCGGCGCGUUUGUGAAGACCAGCGAACAGUGGCUCUCUUGGGUGGGGAUUUAUUGCCGGUGCUCUUGCACCGCAUGGAUGCAUGCGACAUUGAAGAGCUACCUUCUGCCCAGACCGCCAACCCCAUAUCCAUCGCUAUGACGAAGGGGAACCCAUUCGUCCAGCUAUUCAGCUACUACACCCGCCGUAUGCGUCGCACGGGCGUGCUGGCACGCGUUCUACGCACCCACUGGCCGCAGAUGCCCCAGCGCCAGGACGAGGCCUCACAGCCGGCCGUGCGCCUGGGGAACGUGGCGCCCGUGUUUCCUGCCUUCGCCGCCGGCGUGCUGUUGGCGCUGCUUAUCCUGGCCUUCGAACGCCGCCUGGGCGCUCGCACCCAACGCAACGGCCAACGACAUCCCUAUUUCUCCGAUAUCUCUUGAAAUUGCUCCCCAGCGACAGCACGAGACCUCGCAGCCGGCCGUGCGCCUAGGGGACGUGGCGCCUGUGUUUCCUGUCUUCGCCGUCGGCGCGCUGCCGGUGCUGUCUGGUCCUCGAAUGCCGUAUGCGCCCAAUGAACUCAGUUCUUUGAUAUAACGCACGUAACCGUGAAUUAGAACAACUGAAUUCUAAUGCAUUCUAUUCCUGAAUGUUGUAUGCAAACGUGUUGGCUGUUAUGGUGUCGUUCUGCUUCCUUUAGCUCACCCACAGAGUUUCUUUUGGGAAAAAAUCUCAGCAUAAUUUUACCAACUGACUUUUGCGUUCGUAGGGGUUUUCUGUUUGGAGAACCCGAUUGUCUCAAAUUCAUGCUCGCUCCUUUGGAGUGUAGCUCAAUGCCUUGGUAGUAAGUUUGGUCACCAGCCACGGUCAGUUUAAGAAGAUCAUCUCACUUUCCUAUUGAACCUCAGCAAAGAGGUUCAAACACCAUCCCAUUUGUUUGCCUAUCUCGAACGUAGCUCACAGCAAAUUGAAGGGUCGCGUUAGCAAGUUAUAACGAAAGCGAAAAGCUGUCAAAGAAUAUGGAAUAAUUCAAAUAUUUUAAAGAAGUGUUGUGAAUUGUUCCAAGAAAUCUCUCGAUAAUACUGAAUAAAUCUCUAUUGAAAAUUUAUUUUCAACAUCAAUUGCAU